AUGUCCGAUCACCAUUACAAGUUCAACGUGACCAUGACAUGCGGUGGCUGCUCCGGCGCCGUUGAGCGUGUGCUCAAGAAACUAGACGGCGUCAAAGAGUACAAUGUCUCCCUCGACACCCAAACCGCAGACAUCACCACCACAGACUCGGUAUCCUACGAGACCGUGCUUGAGAAGAUCAAGAAGACCGGCAAGACCGUCAACUCGGGCGAGGCCGACGGUGUCACAAUGGCUGUGUAG